AUGAUUCGCACUGGGUUGUUGUUGGUUUCCCUUGCCACUCUUGUCGCCAGCAAGCCGACGUCACGAGCUCUCCAGCUACAUGAAGUCAGGGCAUCGGCACCCUCUGGGUUCAGUCUGGACGGCCCUGCAUCUCCUAGUACCGUACUUGAUCUGCGUCUUGCUUUAGUGCAGAACGAUCCCUCCGGUUUGAUUGAAACAUUGUACGAUGUCAGCACCCCGUCUAGUCCGCAUUAUGGCGAAUUUCUCUCAAAAACCGAGGUCGAGAAAUUUGUCGCUCCAAAACCAGAGUCGGUGACUGCUGUUAACGAGUGGUUGAAUGAGAACGGUAUUACCUCAAGGACUAUUUCACCUGCUGGAGACUGGCUUUCCAUCUCAGUGCCUGUCGAACAGGCCAACGCGCUAUUUGACACCCAAUUCUCCGUAUUUACACAUCUACCGAGUGGUGCACAGAGUAUCCGGACUCUGUCUUAUUCCAUUCCCUCUGAUCUAAAAGGGCACUUAGACCUCGUGCAUCCGACGACCACAUUCACACCACCGAGUGCCAAGUUACCUAUACAAGCUGUUCCUUACACCGGUGUGAAGGAAUUCAAGAACUUCACUUCGGCUGGCGAUCCGGCCGGUGAUUGUCCAGAUACUUACGUUGACCCCGGAUGUCUGGAGGCAAUAUACAAUAUCCCGAGGACCGCCGCCACUCAGUCGUCGAAUUAUAUAACUGUCACUGGUUAUGACGACGAGUAUGCUAACCAAUCUGACUUGGAGACUUUUCUAUACUGGGAGCGCCCAUGCAUCCCAUCUUCCACGACUUUUACAGUAGAAGAGCUCGACGGCGGUAUCAACGAUCAAACUCCAGCCGAUGCCGGCUACGAAGCCGAUCUUGAUACCCAAUACACUGUUGGAGUGGCCACUAAUGUCCCUGUUGUGUUUCUUUCAGUCGGCGAGGACGAUUCGGACGGUGUCUUCGGGUUCUUGGAUACGGCAAACUACAUCCUCGGUAAUGAUACCCUGCCUUCGGUGAUAACGACGAGCUAUAGCUCAAACGAAGAAUAUGUAUCUAUCAAUGUAGCCAACAACUUAUGCAAUGCUUACGCUCAGCUAGGCGCCCGCGGGGUAUCUGUCUUGUUUUCAUCCGGAGACGGUGGAGUCUCAGGCGCGGUCAGCGAGAACUGUACAGAUUUCGUCCCUUCGUUUCCCUCAGGCUGCCCUUAUGUGACUUCAGUAGGCGCUACCCAAAGCUACACACCCGAAACUGCGGCUUCGUUUUCGUCGGGAGGCUUCUCCAAUUAUUGGGGCACUCCUUCUUUCCAGUCGUCCGCGGUUUCUUCUUACUUGUCGCAGCUCGGGAGCACUAACUCCGGUCUCUACAAUGCCUCGGGCCGAGGUUUCCCUGACGUCUCCGCGCAAGGAGUGGAUUUCUUUAUUUCUCUCAAUGGCAAUUUUUACACUCUCAGCGGUACUAGUUGCUCGACGCCAACCUUCGCUAGCGUCAUUGCCCUACUGAACGACCAGCUGGUCGCUGCGGGGAAGCCGACGCUCGGCUGGUUGAAUCCGUUCUUGUAUUCGACUGGGUUGUCAGCUCUCAACGACAUCACCUCGGGAGACAACCCUGGCUGCAAUACAAACGGCUUCUCCGCUACGACGGGGUGGGAUCCUGUCACUGGACUCGGUACCCCGGAUUUCACGUCUCUUCAGUCGGCGGUCGGCCUAUAG